AUGGGACUUUCAGAUAGAUUAUCACAUAUAAAGAUUAAUAGUGAGAAGAAUGAAAUAGAAAAGAUUGACGAUAAUAAUAAAACAGCUACAACAACAGUAAAAGUUCAGUUACCGAAUGAACACGUUGUAGAGGAUUGCGGUACUUGUACAUUGCUGGGUGUUGACGAUACAAAGAAUAAGAUGUUUCAAUUUAUGAAUACAGGUGGUGCCGAUAAGAUUGACAGCAGUAGCAAGACUGAACAACAUAGAUUUUGGGAGCCUUUAGAUGAGCCUGUAGAUGCAGUGGGACUGGGUAACAGCGGGUGGAAUCUACUGCAUACGAUCGCCGCUUACUACCCAGAGAAACCCGAUGCUCAACACCAAGAGGACACACGUCAAUUCCUCCAGGCAUUCUCAAAGGUUUACCCGUGCAAAGUGUGUGCCAAAGACUUUCAAGAGGUCCUCACAGCGACACCCGCACGUCUACAGAGUCAACAUGAAUUUGCACAAUGGAUGUGCGAGGCACACAAUCACGUCAACAAAAUACUAGGCAAGCCUGAAUUUGAUUGUGAUCAAGUAGAUAAACGUUGGAAACGUACAGCUAUCAAAAAACAACUAGAUCAUUAA